UUCUAUUCUAGUAUCCGUGAGCAUCAGUGUCACAAUGGAAACCUUGCCUACAAAUCCCGUGUUGUUAUUUCGUCCAGACACAUUACAAUCUGUACGUAAACUGAACAAUUUUGAAGACCCAAAAAAAUUGGAUGAAGCCAUAGACAUUUUACAAGAAUGGGCGCGCAAACAACCACAUUUCGUUGUUAAGGAAUUUGAUAGAGACUUUUUAGAGCGAAUAAUUAUAUUUAAUAAAGGCUUGCUGGAACGUAGUAAGACGAGGUUGGACAAAUAUUGCACGUUGCACAAUUUGAUGCCUGAAUUUUUCAGGCCAAUUCAUAUUAUAAAUGACUUGAGCAAUUUGGAAUUCAUGAAAGAUGCAAUCAUGCCACAACUGACUCCUGAACACUACAGAAUAUACAUUUUAAAGAACACUGGACAGCAGUUUACUUCAAAAGUCUUACUUGAUUAUUACAUACGGCUUGUAAACUUUUGGCAAUAUGCUAUGAGAUAUGACUAUUACGCAGGAGUUAUAUGUGUUUACGAUGUAUCAGAAGCUAACUUAAUGGACUUAGUAACUAGCAUGAAUAUGACCUAUAUGAGGCAAAUGUUAACAGUUAUUAUGGAGGGUUUCGGUGCCAGGCUGAAGGCAGUUUACACAGUCUCCGAUUCCAAAGUUGUGUCAACACUACACGACUUAGUAAGACCAUUAUUAAGCAAAAAACUCGCUGAUAGAGUCCAUGUUUUGAAUAAUAUUAAUUUACUGAAGGAGAAAGUUCCUAUAGAUAUUAUGCCAGUUGAAUACGGUGGCAAAGAGAAACCGCUGGCUGAGUUACAUCAAAACUGGCUCAAUGUGUUGACGUCGGAUGAUCAAUUGGAAUACAUGAAGAAGAUGUCUGAAGUCAAAACUGAUGAGUCAUUGAGACCAGCUGACAAGUUUAACCAGGAUUACAUGGGAAUGGCUGGCACUUUCAGAACUUUAAAUGUAGAUUAACAAACAGACACUUAAAGAAAUACAAAAAGUCGAGUCUUUAAUGCCGACUACACACUAUCGCCGAACUUACAUAGAUGCCGAUGCGAUGAAUGAACGUUGGGUAGUUUGUACGAGAGAGCUUUUAUUUACCGCAAUGUAAAACAGCAAUUCCAAUCCAACCAUGAUUGACGAAGUUUUUGCCGAUAGUGUAUAGCCGAAAUAAUAAACAAUAUCAUCGGCGACAAAUCAAUUUGAAUGUCUAUGGUGUGGAUUGUAACAAAACAAAGUUACACAACACUAACGAUAGAUGGCACUUUCAAAAGCUAAAUCGCGAUGUCAGUAUUUUCAAAAUUGGAAACAUUAUAUACAUAUACAUUACUAUCGGCACCACGGGGCAUACAUGUAGUAUAAUAAUUGGAGACAUAUGAGGCAAAAGCGAUAAGUAUAAGUAUUAUCCUUUGGACAGAGAUAGGGUUAAUACAUUUUUUUUUGUGGGUGGCAACCCUAGACAGAACUAUGAUAAAUUAUAAGGUUUUUGUUGCUACAUAUAUUUUUAAAGUUAGGUAUAUGUACAAUAUUUUUAUUAGAUACAUUUAUAUACAUUUCCUCACUGCCACUUAAAGUUAUCUUAUUUGAUAUGUAAUAUGAUAUUUGGAUUUUGAAAUAACAGACAGGCAUUUUAAAUGGAAUCUCAAUGCGGCAAUAACAACUUCCGGCUCUGUCUACCCCGUAAGGGAUCAAGGCGUGAUACUGUAGUACUUAUGGAUGUGUAACACAGAAAUACUUUUCUUUUGGGAAGACUGGGAAUAGGGGGCAUUUCGGGGGUAAGGUUGUACCUACGGACCAUAAUGACACAAUAACUUAGUUGUAAGAUCAAAGGUAUCUAUUUUAGUUAAAU